AUGAUUUACUUUUUACGAAAUGUAGACGACAAAAUAACGCAGACGAACUUCCGGAAGGCUCUUACAAUAGGUGAAAUAUCUGGCAAUGUCCUUAUGGAUCUGAGCGUGAUGGCCGACGAAGUGAUCGGUCCUCUGCUCUGUAAUCCUGAAAACCAGAAAGGAUGGCCUAAGAUAGUGCAGAAUGACAUGAAAAGACACGUCAACGAACUGAGGAAUUUGAUGCAUCAACUUAAAGGAGAAAUGUCUAGCCAAAUAAUGCUUCCGAUGCCCGAAGGUGUCGAAAAUAUAUACCAUGCAGAAGCUAGAUUAAAGGAAAGUGAUUCAGAAGAUGUCGACUUAUAUUUGAAGACUAACAUUGAAGGAGCCAUCAUUAAAUGGGCGCAGCAAAUUUACGAUUUGUUGCAAGAAGAUUCUUAUAUUGCGUUUAAGAGAACAAAGUUCCCUCUACCAAUAUCAGAUAUAGAGUUCUAUACGCAUAGACUUCGGAACUUGGAAGGCAUAUACUCGCAACUGCGAGACCCUCGUGUUAAACGAAUGGCACACUAUUUGGAGUCUACUCGCAGCGUAUACCUUGCUUGUUUCAAAUCAAUGCUCACUAAUGUAGUAGCCGCACUGUUACGUGAAGUAUGUAAUCUAGUAAUCCAACAAUGUACGAAUUCAGUAGACCCCAUGUCAAUAUUUCAAGGGGAUGCGGACGAACAGUUGAUAAAAUUGAGAAAGGCAAUGGGUGUUCUUAACCAUUUUAUCGAUACCUAUGAAAUGAACCGUGAUAAAGUUCAUACAUUCUUUCCACCGGGCGUGAUGCCCGUGCGAUGGUCCUUCGAUUUCGAUCGUGUCUUCAUGCGCUUUAACACCUUCAUGAAGAGACUAAAGAUGAUCGAUAAUAUUGUAGAGGCUACGGUCGAAAUACUUAAAUUGGAGAAAGUAGAGUUUUCAGGUCUCAGAGGCAAGAUAUUAAGUACGGAGUGUAUAAAGGUAUUGGAAGAAUACACAUUGAUUUAUCAAAAUCUUGGCAAUAUUACCUACGAUCCUGCGGAUCCUGAAGAUACGAGAUUUUUAUCGGAUUAUGAUAAGCAUAUGGCGGUAUUAGAGGACGUUGAUAGAAGACUCGCUUCACUAUUCUCGCAGGGUUUGGACGAAUGCCAUGAUUUGGAACAUUUCUUUAAGUUUUUCCAAAUCAUAGGAGAUCUAUACCAUCGGCCUAUUAUUAAAAAUGAAUUAAAACCUAAAGUGGCUAAGUUACUAGAUUUUAUGCAUUCUAACCUUGAUGCAGUUAAAGAAAUAUUUGAUGAAGAAAUGGCGAAAUUGAAUCCUAAAGGUGUAGAGAGACCCAUGGUAGAUCCUUAUUUGCCUCCUUAUGAUAUGAAUCGUCUCAACCGUGCCAUUUCGUGGUACAAUGCAAUACGAGAGGGAAGCCAUGAAACAGAGGUAGCUCUGAUUGAAAAAGAAAUAUCGGCUAUCGAUCAUCUUCUUGGUAGAGGCGUGGAAGAGCUUACCUGGAAUGAUGAUUUCACAGAAUGGAUGGCAGAAGUUUAUGCAGCAAUAAAUACGCUGCAAGAAAGAGUACUGACAGCUCAAAAUAAUGUGAGACGUGGUCUCUCCAACAUAGCAGCUUGGGGUGAUAAGCCGCUUCAUAACCGUAAAGAUAAUCCAGAAAAGCUAGAACUUCUGGCUGUUAAUGAACGUCACCCAAGACUAGUUGCACGUCGAAACAAGAUUCUUCAAAGUCACGCCGAAUUUCUACAUAUAUUGAAAGAUAACUAUAAAUUAUUUUUCAAUAUCAAAGAAGACGAAGAGUCAGAUGAUGAAGAGGAGGAAUUAGAAGAAGUAGAUGAGUCGACUAUGGAUGAAGACGAACGGCUUGCUCGGGCUCAAAAACUACAAGCAAUUAUGGAGCAAUGGGAGGCUAAACGUAUUGCGAGGGAGGAGAGGGAGAGAGAAAGGGCAGAAAUAGCUCAGGCUAAAUUCGAGCGAAGAGAGGCACGACGUCUUAAAAGAGAAGCUAAAGAAGCCGAAAAACGGGAGAGACAGGCACGUCGUGAUGAGGGUUAG